CGAGAUGCAGAAUUCUAGUGUUAAUUUUAAAAAUGAAUAUGUCGAUCGAUUGACCCAAGCAAUGGUUUGGAAGCCCGCUAAUCCUGUAACAACUAAUAAUGUUCCAUCUUUUAUAAAACAAACCGGGUCCUUGAAACAAAUAUAUCAUACCUCUGAUAAAACCCUAAAUAGUCCACCAACACCAUUUGAUCUAACACUUGCAUCUCUCAUGUCGGCAGGUCUUCAUAUAGGACAUUCAAAGUCUUUGUGGAAUCCUAAAACUUCUCCAUUCAUUUUUGGUAUUCGUCACGGUAUCAGUAUUAUUAACCUUGAUCAUACUUUGAUUUACUUGCGUCGUGCAUGUAAAGUCACUCGAGAAAUAAGUUAUCGUGGUGGGAUAAUUCUAUUCAUUAAUACACGUGGUGGUGGAUUCGCACGAGCAACAAUCAACGCUGCAAAACGUUGCAAACAAUUUCAACUUACAACACGUUGGUUACCUGGUACCAUAACUAAUUCUCAACAAAUUCUGGGCCAUUUAAUGCCAAAAGAACCUGAUGAGAUAUUACCAAAAGUUUUUAAACCAGACUUAAUAAUCUUAUUAAAUCCAUUGGAAAAUACGAUUGUAUUGGAAGAAGCAAAACAUGGCAAUGUGCCUACAAUUGGAAUUAUAGAUACAGAUUUUGAUCCUCAGAAAGUUAGUUGGCCUAUACCUGCUAAUGACGAUUCGGUAAGAGGUGUGGAAUUAAUUGCAGGUGUUCUAAGUAUGGCUGCUAAGGAUGGUCUUAUACAUAGACAACAAAUGUUGGAAAAAAUAGAAUCACAGAGGAUUAGAACUAGAUCUACUAUCAUAAAAAUUUCAUCAAAAACAAAUUAA